AUGGGCAGAGAAAAGAUUAUCAUGAACUCAUUAGCUAUAACCGUUGGUGGCGAGAUGGAACCAAUGUACGAAAGAGAACAAACCGAAAGUUUCAGAAACAAUGUGGUGGCUCGACGCUUAGCAAACCGAGAAAGACAGCGCAGGUAUAGAGAACGUAAACGAAUGGAGGCUGACAAGAGGAAGAAGACAACUCCUGAUAAUCAUUCUCAACAAAGGAACACCAUCAUUAUCAACGAUUCUUCAACAAAGAAAUGUACUCGGGAUUGGAAGAAAGAUGCCAGAAACGUCGCUGUUUUGAAUACUGUUGUGAAUACCCCAAGCCGAAGAAGAUGGAAAGAUGAAGCUAGAAACAAGACAAAUUCAUGA